AUGAUGUUUACUAUCCAAGAGAACCACAGCGCCACAGCCGGCCAACUUGCUCUUGUUGCCUUCGUGUUCCUUAUCACCUCCUUUCUCUCCAGCUUCGUGGUCUCUUAUUUCCGGCCCGGGUUGCGCGAGCUUCCUGGCCCUGUGCUGGCCCGUUUCACGCUUCUGUGGAAGGUUUGGGUCCAUAUUAAGGGGGACGGGCAUGUCGUCUACCAGAAUAUCCACAAGAGGUAUGGGCCGAUCGUCAGGACGGGGCCGAAUAGCGUGUCUAUUGGGGACGCGGCGAUGAUUCCGGAGAUCUAUCUGUCGGGGCACUUGUAUCUGAAGUGA